GGCGAGCGAGCUCCGGAGGAAGGUCAGGGCGCGCGCGCUGGCGCUGGUGAGUGGCGGGUGCGACUCUUGGGUUGCUGCGGCUGGAGGAAGGGGAAGGUGACCAGGCCUUUGGCCCCGUGGCCUGGCUCUCUAGACGCUCAUGGCUGUUCAGGGCGGUGCUGCUGCGGACUGCUCCUCUGUCAUCGAUCACAGCCAUGUGCCCAACUUCGAGGUGUCCACGUGGAUCAAGAUCACCCUCAUCCUCGUGUACCUGCUCAUCUUCGUGGUGGGCAUCGUGGGCAACAGCGUCACCAUUCGGGUGACCCAGGUGCUGCAGAAGAAGGGUUACCUGCAGAAGGAGGUGACGGAUCACAUGGUGAGCCUGGCUUGCUCGGACAUCCUGGUCUUCCUCAUCGGCAUGCCCGCGGAGUUCUAUAGCAUCAUCUGGAACCCCCUGACCACGCCCAGCUACACCCUGUCCUGCAAGCUUCACACGUUCCUCUUCGAGGCGUGCAGCUAUGCCACCCUCUUGCACGUGCUGACGCUCAGCUUCGAGCGCUACGUGGCCAUCUGCCACCCGUUCAGGUACAAGGCCAUGUCUGGGCCCUGCCAGGUGAAGCUGCUGAUCGGCUUCGUCUGGGUCACCUCCGUCCUGGUGGCCUUGCCUCUGCUUUUCGCCAUGGGGGUGGAGUACCCCCUGUUGCGCGUGCCCAGCCACCGGAGUCUCCCUUGCAACCACACCCGCACCCGCCACCACGAGCAGCCCGAGAAGUCCAAUAUGUCCAUCUGUACCAGCCUCUCCAGCCGCUGGACCAUAUUCCAGUCCAGCAUCUUCGGCGCCUUCAUCAUUUACCUGGUGGUCCUCGUCUUGGUGGCCUUCAUGUGCUGGAGUAUGAUGCAGGUGCUCAAGGGCAGCAGGCAAGGCACCGUGUCCGGGAAGGAGCAGCAGCUGAGGAAAUCAGAGAGUGAGGAGACCCGGGCAUCGCGGAGACAGAUCAUCAUCUUCCUCAGUGAGUUCUAG